CAACAGUUGUCGAAUAACGAGAGAUGUAAGAUUUACAUUCUUCACGCAUUCCACACAAAGCAGUUUACAAUUUACAACAAUCUUUUUUAGAUAUUAAUUAAUGACUGGAUGCCACGAGUAGCCGAUCUUGUAGAUGUGAUGCGCAAAUACUGGAAAGAUCUAGUACCGCGGAAUUCUACCCAUGGUGGACGGGGCACAAUCUUUUUCAACUGCAUACACGCACUCACCUCAUACCAUCUUCAAGAAUUGAUCAAAAAGAGUCUGGAUCAUCUCGUCGAAGCGUUAGAAGUGUACCGGGAAGGCGAUAUUGCAGGGGAGGAACCGAAAGUGAAGAAGAAACCCUUCAUGACCCUAACCGUCUCGGUGGUUGGUCAACACCAUACGGACAUUGAGAAAACUACGGAGAAAAGUGAUCUUUCGCUCUACCAGGUGGAUGACGAUGAUCCCGAUAUACUAGCCUCGGAGUCGGACGACUUUGUCCUGACCAACGGUGAUGAACGAAGAACUUCCUUCAUUGUGGAAAGCAGUGGCAAAAUUAUCAUCUAUCCGUACAUGGAAGAACUGCCCGAUCUAUUCAAAAGUUACUUCGUGAAGAUACUAAAGGUGGGCUACAAGAUUCCGCGGCUCGAGUACUAUCUGACGCAGGAUGAAAAGCAGCUGGGUUACCUGCACUUCAUACGCACCGACAACGAUGACAUGCAGAAGUUGUACGAGCGUGUGAAGAAGAUUGUCAUUGCCAACCAGACCGGGCCAACGGUUUAUCUGUAUCCGAUGUACGAGUACUACUUCCCGGUGCUGGCCAACAAAAUGAAGCUUAUAACGGAGGGGAUUUUCUCCCAACCAGAACUACCUCCGCUGGACAUUUUCAAGGAGUUGGUCCAAAAAUUUACCGAUCUGUUGAAUGGCAUUUAUUACCUGCGCGAUUUUAUACCGCUCAAUUUGUUCAUGCUCGACAAUAGCAGACUGAACAAGGUGCUCGAAAAGCUGGUGAAUGAUCUCAAGAACUUUGUCAUCAACUAUUUCAUCACGCUGAACCAGGUGGACAACAGACGAAUUUGUGAUGAAUUCGAGGAUAUGUCACUGCAUGCUGGCGAAAGACCCAAAGAAACACCCGAAGUGGUCGCUUUACAGAACUACCUUACCCAGUGCCGGGAGGAGCGCAUGUAUCAGCUAACGACCGAGAUUAAACAGGUCGCUCAGCGAGUUAUUUUCCUGCUAACUCAUGCCAUUCUUGACCAGGAAGAUAUCAAUCUCAACUCCCGAUUGUUCCUGUGGCCAAAAGAGCUGGAAAAGGUGCUCGAUCUAAGCGGUGCCCGUUUAUCAGUGGUGCGUGAGAAUCUUGAAACUUCCCUGCGCGAACGUCGCGUCAAAUUCGAACAGUAUCUGAUGACGGAGAAGAAAAAGAUGGACCACUUCCGUACGAGAGAAAUCCGCGAAAUGCUCUCGUUGGACGAUCUGCGCGAUAAAGUCGACACGGUCGAUGGAUUGAUGAAGAUUUUGGAAGAUUGUAGCCGAGAAGCAAAGGAAAUCAACACAAACGAGAAUCUGCUACAGAUCGAUCUGUCCUUCUUCCCGUCGCUCAAUGAGAUGAUCGAAAAGAUGGGACCGGUUGAGAAACUGUGGCACACGGCGUACAAGUUUGACACGUGUCAUGAGGUGUGGUACUUUGGUCCUUUCAAAGACCUCGAUGCAGACAUUAUACGGAAUGCCGUCGAGGAAAUGUACCAAGCGAUAUCAUUGCUGCUGAAGGAGCUUACCGGCAGCCCUCAGGCAAAGCGUGUUGCCGAGCAGAUACGCAUGAAGGUGGAAAAGUUUAAGGUGUACCUUCCAAUACUGGAAUCUGUCUGUCGCCAGGGACUGUGCGAUCGCCAUUGGAAACAGAUCUCGGAAGAACUGGGCCAAGAAGUGAACCCCGCCGUGCACAAUUCGCUAAGCCAAAUGGUGGAGAUCGAUAUUGUCAAAAUACAGGAGCGUCUCGAGGAGAUCUCCAACGCGGCCGGUAAAGAGUAUGAGCUGAACAUUCAGCUCGUAAACAUGCAGGAAGAGUGGACCGACGUGGUAUUCGUUUGCGUACCGUACCGAGACAGCGAUAUGUACAUCUUGUCCUCUGUCGACGAAAUUCAAACCCUGCUGGACGAUCACAUUCUGAAGGCACAGGCGAUGCGAGGAUCGCCGUAUAUCGCUGCACUCGGCACGAAAGCAAAUAACUGGGAGGAUAAGCUCAUUUCUAUGCAAGACAUUAUCGAUACUUGGCUGCAGGUGCAGGCGACCUGGAUGUACCUCGAGCCGAUUUUCAGCUCCGAAGACAUUCUCCGCCAGAUGCCAACCGAGGGCCGUCACUUUAAGGCCGUCGAUCGUGUAUUCCGCAAGAUCAUGAAACACACCACGGCCGAUGCGCACGUCAUCCAGGCGACAGAUUACCCAGAGCUGCUGAACACACUCCGAAAGGCGUACACCGAUCUGGAGGAGAUUCAGAAGGGUCUCAACAUGUAUCUCGAGAAGAAACGUCUCUUCUUCGCCCGGUUCUUUUUCCUCUCGAACGACGAACUGUUGGAAAUUUUGUCCGAAACAAAGGAUCCACUACGUGUGCAGCCACAUCUGAAGAAGUGUUUCGAAGGCAUACACUCACUGCAGUUCGAUCAGCAGAUGGAGAUCGUUGCGAUUACUUCAGCUGAACAGGAAGUGAUACCGUGCGUACGCAAGGUCAACCCCAAUCUGGCCAAUGGUUUGGUUGAAAAGUGGCUAAAAGAGGUCGAGACCGUCAUGCUAGAAAGCGUGAAGGAGCAGAUAUGGCAGUCGUACGAACGAUACCCGAACGAUCCACGCAAAGUAUGGGUACUGAACUGGCCCGGCCAAGCCGUACAAGUGGUUUCCUGUCUGAAAUGGACCGAAGAGGCAGAAGAAGCUAUUCAACAAGGACAGCUUACACAGUUUUCAACAACUUGCAGCAAUCAGAUAGCAGAGUUGGUGGAUCUAGUGCGAGGAAACCUUAGUCCUGGUGCAACGAUCACGAUCGAGGCACUGAUCGUCGUCGAUGUGCACGCACGCGACAUUGUGAAAUUGCUCGUGGAAAAACAGAUAUCUGAUGUCGGUGAUUUCAACUGGUUCUCACAACUACGCUACUACUGGCGUAUAGACGACGAUGACAAGCAGAGCUAUGUAGGGGUUAGCAUGGUCACCACCGAUCUAAAGUAUGGCAUGGAAUAUCUCGGAAACACGGGCCGUCUCGUCACGACCCCAUUGACAGAUCGAUGCUUCCGCACGCUGAUGGGUGCGUUCAAAUUGAACUUAGGCGGAGCACCUGAGGGCCCGGCUGGUACCGGUAAAACAGAAACUUGCAAAGAUCUUGCAAAAGCAGUGGCCAAGAAGUGCGUCGUAUUCAACUGCUCCGACGGGUUGGAUUACAAAGCGUUGGGUAAAUUCUUCAAGGGUCUCGCACAGUCCGGUUCCUGGGCAUGUUUCGACGAGUUCAACCGCAUCGAGCUAGAGGUGCUAUCGGUCGUAGCACAACAGAUUCUCACCAUACAGCAUGCCAUUGCACAAAAGAUUGCGAAAUUUACUUUCGAAGAUACGCAUUUAAAGCUUGAUCCAUCGUGCAAUAUAUUCAUUACGAUGAAUCCCGGUUACGCAGGACGCACGGAGCUGCCAGAUAAUCUAAAGGUCCUGUUCCGUACAGUCGCCAUGAUGGUUCCUGACUAUGCCAUGAUCGGUGAGAUCACUUUGUACUCCAACGGGUUUGAUAAUGCUCGUGUACUAGCGCAAAAAAUCGUACACACGUACAAGCUCUGCUCGGAACAAUUGUCUUCGCAGUUCCACUACGACUAUGGAAUGCGUGCUGUCAAAUCUGUUCUAAUGGCCGCUGGUUCAUUACGACGUACUCAACCACAUCUGGCCGAGGAUCAGAUCGUACUGCGUGCUAUUAUUGAUGUGAAUCUGCCGAAGUUUCUUCAACAGGACAUACCACUGUUUGAGGGUAUCUACAAAGAUUUGUUUCCUGGCGUUAAUCUUCCUCCGCCUGCUCGAGACGAUAUCGUUCGCAUAUUGCUUGUAAAGUUGGUUAAAAGGAAGCUACAACCGACGGCCUGGUAUAUCGACAAGAUCAUGCAAAUCUACGAGAUGAUGCUCGUUCGCCACGGUUUAAUGAUAGUGGGCGAUUCGAUGGGAGGUAAAACGACGGCUUAUCAGGUGUUAGUGGAAACGUUGCGGGAACUUCGUCUCGAGAAGGGACCAAAGUGUGAGGAGCAAGGUGUACAAUACCGCAUCAUCAAUCCAAAAUCUAUUUCGAUGGGCCAAUUGUACGGUAGCUUCGAUCCUGCUUCCCAUGAAUGGUCUGACGGGGUGCUAGCGAACACCUUCCGAGAAAUGGUUAACACAACGAGCCCAGAACGACAGUGGAUUCUGUUUGAUGGGCCAGUAGAUGCGGUGUGGAUCGAGAAUCUUAACACGGUGCUCGAUGACAACAAGAAACUCUGCUUGAUGUCGGGUGAAAUUAUUCAGAUGACUAAACUUAUGAAUCUUGUGUUCGAACCCGUUGAUCUGGAACAAGCUUCACCAGCAACCGUGUCCAGAUGCGGUAUGAUCUACAUGGAACCACACCAACUCGGUUGGAUUGCUCUACACAAAUCGUUUUUGUUAGUGCUAGAAGAGAAAGGAGUGUCGGAGAUUAGCAUCGGUGUCUUUGAACAGCUGGUGGAAUGGUUGAUUCCUCCAUCAUUGAAAUUUCUUAAAAUGGUCAAAACCGUCUUACCAAUCUCCGAGAUGCAAUGCUAUUCGAUGUUCUCCAAGUUCUUCUCCAUAUUUUGCACACGCAUACCGAACUACACACAAAUACAGUUUCAGCAGACUUUUCUGUUUUGCUAUGCGUGGGGAUAUUUCUCGUCCGUCACCAACGAGGGACGCAAAAUGAUUGAUCCUUUGCUGCGGAAAAUACUCUACGGUGGCAAUGAAGAUCAUCCUAAGCCGAAACACUUCUCCCUCAACCGUGGCCAAAUGUAUCCAGAGAAAAUGAACUUCAUGGACUACCGAUACGAUGAGCACGAGAAUUGGUGGCCUUGGCAAACUACCGAAGAGCUUACACUGCCAGAAUCAUGUAUCGUGUCCGAGCUUAUGAUACCUACUAAGGAAACGGGCUACAUUCUCUACUGGACCAACCUUUGCGUUCGCCAUGGUAUUCCGAUCUUGCUUGCCGGUCCAACAGGAACGGGCAAAAGUGCUACCAUUUCGAACUACAUUCGAGAGCUACCGAAGGCGAAGUUUAUCUCGAACAUUAUCAACUGUUCGGCAAGAAGUACUGCCGCACAGGUGCAGGAUACGAUCAUGAGCAAGCUGGACCGUCGACGCAAAGGCGUUUACGGACCGCCGGUCGGGAAGGAGUGUGUCAACUUCAUUGACGAUCUUGCAAUGCCGGCCCGAGAUGAUUAUGGUUCGCAGCCACCGCUGGAGCUCGUACGCACAUGGCUCGACCAUCGUAUAUGGUCUGAUCUGCGCGAUACAUCCAAGAUCGAACUGAUCGAUCUGCUACUUAUCGCUGCUAUGGGCCCGAUCGGUGGCAGUAACUACAUCCCGCAACGAUUGUAUCGGCAUAUGUUCGUGAUGUCGAUAGAUUCCUUCGAAGAUAAUACGUUGAUGCGCAUCUUCUCCUCGAUCGGUGAUUGGCACUUUGCCAAAGGUUUCCCGGAGCCUGUCGCGCGACUCAGUAAGCUGCUCAGCCAAGCAGCAAUUGCAGUAUACCGUGGAGCAAUCGAAAACUUUCUACCCACACCAGCAAAGUCACACUACUUGUUCUCUCUGCGGGAUGUUUCGCGUGUGUAUCAAGGAAUCGUUCUAUUGCCCUCAAAGAAGCUGCCCGAUCCAGAGAAGCUGGUGCGUCUUUGGGUACACGAAACGUAUCGUGUUUUUUGUGACCGAUUAGUAGACGAUGACGAUAAGCUGAAACUGCUUCGUUUGGUCGAUGAAGCGUGUGUAACGCAUCUACGCCUGAAGCUUGAGCAAGCUUUCGGCGAGCGUCUAGAACCGGGCCAGAAAGUAUCUGAUAAACACAUACGAGAUCUUCUUUUCGGUAAUUACAUGGAACCUGCUGCCGUAACUCGCAUCUAUGACGAGGUGGACAACUGGGAACAGCUCGAGAAGAACAUUAACUUUUACCUGACAGAGUACAACGAACGAUCGAAAUCGCCCAUGAACUUAGUGCUGUUCCGGUUUGCCAUUGAGCACAUUUCCCGCGUAUCGCGCGUGCUUCAAAUGCCUCGCGGACAUCUGCUGAUGGUCGGGCUCGGUGGCUCUGGGCGUCGCAGUGCUGUAAAGCUAGCAUCUAGCAUGAGCGAUUCGCUCGUAUUUCAGGUGGAAGUUACUCGUAGCUAUACACUCAACGAGUGGCGUGAGGAUAUGAAAAAAUUGCUCAUGUAUGCGGGAUGCGAUGGAAAGCGGACCGUGUUCCUGUUUAAUGACUCCCAGGCAAAGGAGGAAGCCUUCGUGGAGGACAUCAAUUCACUGCUCAACACUGCCGAUCUGCCCAAUCUAUUCCAGGCCGAGGAGAAGGCGGUGAUCCUCGAACAAAUGCAAACCAUCGUCCAGGCCACGAACAAGCCAAUCGAUCUGACAGCGCUUUCGCUCUACAACUUCUUUGUAGAGCGUGUCCGCGAGAACCUACACAUUGCAUUGGCGUUCUCCCCGAUUGGAGAUUCCUUCAAAAAGCGGCUACGCAUCUAUCCUUCCCUCAUCAACUGCUGCACAAUCGAUUGGUUUACGGCUUGGCCCGAUGAUGCGCUGCAAAAGGUGGCGGAAUUUUUCAUUCGCUCGAUGGAUCUGGUCGCUAGCCAGGAGAGAUUGUCGAUGUCGCGCGAGUCAUCUAGCAUCGAGGUGGUUGAACCGACCGACGAGAAGGACCAAAAGGUGCGCAAGCUUACCGAGCUGGAACUGAAGCUUAUCGCCUGUGUGUUGGUGUUCAACGAAAGUGUCGUUGAAAAUUCGAAUCGAUUCUUCAUCGAGCUAGGUCGACGUAACUACGUGACUCCGACGUCAUAUCUAGAGAUGUUAAGAUCGUUUAAAGAUUUGUAUCACAAAAAAUACUCUGAAACAAUUACACAACGCGACCGUUACACAACCGGUCUGGAGAAGUUAGACUUUGCUGCCGGCCAGGUAUCGGUCAUGCAAAACCAGCUGCAAGAUUUACAACCGAUGUUAAAACAAACGUCCGACGAAACGGAGAAAAUUAUGGUAAACAUUGAGCGCGAAACGGCGGAAGCUGAAAAGAAGAAAGAAAUUGUCGGUGCGGAUGAAACGGCAGCAAACGAGGCGGCCGCAUCGGCGCAAGCGAUAAAGGAUGAUUGCGAAAGCGAUCUGCAGGAAGCUGUACCGGCCCUAGAGGCUGCUCUUGCAGCACUCGAUACACUCAAGCCUGCAGAUAUUACUGUAGUAAAAUCGAUGAAAAACCCGCCCUCCGGUGUGAAGCUCGUACUGGAAGCAGUCUGCGUUAUUCGAGGCAUUAAACCGGAUAGAAAGCCUGAUCCAAAUGGUCACCUGGUGGAAGACUACUGGGGACCUUCCCAAAAGAUGCUGGGAGACCUCAAAUUUUUGGAUAGUUUGAAGACUUUCGACAAGGACAACAUUCCAAUACCUGUUAUGAAGAAAAUCAGAGAAGUAUACAUUGCUGAUCGUGAGUUUGUGCCUGAAAAGAUCAAAAGCAUUUCGAUGGCCUGCGAAGGGCUCUGCCGGUGGGUACGCGCGAUGGAAAUCUACGAUCGUGUCGCAAAAAUUGUCGCACCGAAAAAGAUUGCUCUAGCCGAGGCGGAAGCCGAACUUGCAAUGCAGAUGGAAAAGCUUAACUCGAAGCGUGCCGAAUUGCAGGAAAUUCUCGAUAAGCUGCAAAAGUUGAAUGAUUUCUUUGCAGAAAAGUCUCGCGAAAAGAAACGUCUGGAGGAUGAAAUAGAUAGCUGCGAAAAGAAAUUGAUCCGAGCGGAGCAGCUGAUCGGAGGACUGGGCGGAGAAAAGAGACGAUGGUCGGAGUGUGCUGUCAAUCUACACCAAUCCCUCAGUAACGUGGUGGGUGAUGUCUUAUUGGCAGCCGGCUGUGUAGCCUAUCUCGGAUGCUUCACCACUGAGUUUCGUUCUGCAAUUGUGCAGGAAUGGAACGUGGAAGCCGUUACACGACGUAUACCCUGUACGGAGAACUUCUCGCUCAUUACCACACUUGGAAAUCCGCUCCAAAUUCGUAGUUGGUCCAACUGGGGCCUACCAACGGAUAACUUUUCCGUUGAGAAUGGUAUUAUUGUGAAACAUGCACGCCGCUGGCCGCUCAUGAUUGAUCCGGAGGGACAAGCGAACAAGUGGGUAAAGAACAUGGAAAAGGCGAACAAUCUCAAAAUCAUCCAGCAAAUGGAAGCCAACUACAUGCGAAUUGUUGAGAACGCAAUCAUCAACGGGUAUCCGGUGCUGUUGGAAAACGUGGGCGAAAACAUCGAUUCCGGGUUUAAUUCGAUACUGGAGAAGAACAUCAUCUACCAGAAAGGAUCGUACAACAUAAAGUUUGGUGACGGCAUGAUAGAAUAUAAUGACAACUUCCGAUUCUACAUUACCACCAACCUACGCAAUCCGCACUAUCUGCCCGAAACGGCCGUUAUGGUAACGCUCAUGAACUUCAUGAUCACGGAGCAAGGCUUACGGUCACAGCUGCUUGGAACCGUCAUCAUACAAGAACGCCCCGAUUUGCAGGAGAAAAAGGAAUCCCUCAUUAUAGAGUCGGCCCAAAACCAAGAAGCCUUGUACAACGCCGAAGCCAAGAUUUUACAGGUGCUCUCAACAGCCGAAGGAAACAUUCUUGACGAUGAAAACGCCAUUGACAUACUCACCUCGAGCAAACAACUCUCGGAGGAGAUACAGGCGAAACAAAUUAUUGCCAUUGCUACUGAGGCGGAAAUUGAUGCCGCCAGACAACAGUACAUACCAGUAGCUCGCCAUUCGGCAGUGAUCUUCUUCUGUACUGCUGAACUGGCUAACAUUGAUCCCAUGUACCAGUUCAACUUAACCUGGUUCCUGAACAUCUUCGUACAGGCGAUCCUUAACUCACCCAAAUCCGAUGACCUGGAGCAACGGUUGAAGCAUCUCACCGAUUACUUUACCAUGGCCAUUUACAGCAACGUAUGUCGCUCGUUGUUCGAGAAGGAUAAGCUUAUGUUUUCGUUCGUGUUAUGUCUGGGCAUCAUGCGUGGUCGGGGAGACAUUGAGGAUUCGGAACUGUCAUUCCUGUUAACCGGUGGAUUAGCCUUAGACAACCCUUAUCCGAAUCCCGCCCCCGAUUGGCUUACGGAUAAAUGCUGGUCAGAAAUAGUUCGCGCCGGGUCGCUUCCUUCCCUAAAAGAGCUUCCCCAAUCGUUCAUGCGAAACGUUGAGCAAUGGAAAACAUACAACGAUCUCAACGAUCCCGAUGCACAUCCACUUCCGGAACCGUACGAUCGAGAGGAAAACAUUAUCAAGCUGAUCGUCCUGAAGUGUCUCCGGCCCGAUAAAGUAGUGCCUGGAUUGCAGCGCUUCAUCGUACAAAAUAUUGGCAAAACAUACGUCGAACCACCGCAGUUUAACUUGGAAACUUCGUACCGCGAUUCGUCCCCGCGUAUCCCACUCAUAUUUAUGCUAUCACCCGGUUCUGAUCCUAUGGACAACAUCUUUACGUUUGCAAACGCCCACUACAUGAGUGAUGACUGUCGAGUGAUCUCGCUCGGACAAGGCCAGGGCCCGAAGGCUACGCGCACUAUACUGGAUGCGAUCAAGCUGGGCUAUUGGGUUAUCCUUCAAAAUUGUCAUGUAGCGGAGUCGUACAUGGACGAGCUGGAGAAGAUUUGCAUGGACUCGAGCUUGUACGAAUCGGUGCAUCCAAAGUAUCGCUUAUGGUGUACAUCAUACCCUAGCCGUCGGUUCCCGGUUUCCAUUCUACAAAACAGCGUGAAGAUGACGAACGAAGCACCGAAAGGUGUGAAAAACAACAUGACACGCAUCUUCACCACGGAACCACUGUCCAACCAUUCGUUCUAUUCGGAUGCUUUUGAUGGAGACCUCGCAAAGGUAUGGCUACGAGGAGUGUUUUCGCUCGUAUUUUUCCACGCUGUUGUGCAGGAACGUUGCAAGUUCGGACCGCUGGGUUGGAACAUCCCGUACGAGUUCAAUGAAUCGGAUUUAAAAAUAUCUCUGAUGCAGUUGAAGAUGUUCCUCAAUCAGUACCACAAGAUUCCGUUCGAGGGACACAUUUAUCUUACAGGCGAAUGCAACUAUGGAGGGCGCGUCACGGACGACAAGGAUAGACGAUUGUUGAUGGCUCUCCUGAAUCGGAUAUACAAUCAAAACACGAUCGACAUAGAUAACUUCCAACUGACGGAGUCGGGGCGAUAUAAAGUGCCGGAACUGCCAACUGACAAGGAAGCACUUGCCUACAUCUCCACAUUACCCAUGAUCGCUCACCCGGAGGUGUUUGGUUUGCAUGAAAAUGCUGACAUUACGCGCAAUAUUGAUGAAACAUCAUCGCUACUUGAUCGAGUUCUGCUCACGCAAACACACCUCUUCGCUGGAACGGCCUCUUCGGAUACGGAACAAAAAGACGACCCAGUUCUGAUGCUGUGUACAGAGAUCGCCAAAAAACUUCCCAACCUUUACGAUGUGGAUGCCGUCGCUGAAUUGUUCCCGAUCGAGUACGAAAACUCCAUGAAUACUGUGCUGCGUCAAGAGUUAACACGCUUUAACCGGCUGCUGGAGUACAUCCGGCUUAGCCUUGUCGAUGUGCAACGAGCCAUUAAGGGUCAGAUUAGCAUGAUACCAGAGCUGGAGAAUAUCUAUCGGGCGAUGAAGAUCUCGCGUGUACCAAAGGCGUGGCUAUCGAAGAGCUAUCCAUCGUUAAAACCACUGGGUAGCUACGUGAACGAUUUUGUCCAACGGUUGGCAUUCUUCCAGCGCUGGAUCGACGAAGGGGAACCGAAUGUAUACUGGAUGAGUGGUUUCUACUUUACGCAGUCCUUUCUCACCGGUAUUAUGCAGAAUCAUUCACGCAAAUUUAAACUGCGCAUCGAUGAGUUAGUGAUGGAUUUCGAUGUGACUAGUUUUGAGUCAGACGAAGCGGUGAAAGAUUCUUCGGAAGUGGCUACGUUUGUUAAGGGUUUGUAUUUGGAAGGUGCUCGAUGGAACCGCGAAAGCAUGCGCUUAGACGAGCCACUGUCACGCAUCCUCUACGAUACAUUGCCCAUCAUCUCGAUGACUCCGAUUCUGAAAACGGAAAAAAGUUAUCAACAACGCCUUCGUUACGACUGUCCAAUCUACAAGACUAGUGAGCGGCGCGGUGUCCUAUCUACCACCGGUCAUUCGACAAACUUUGUCAUGUUCCUUGAGUUAGACACCAAUAUGCCAUUGGAGCACUGGGUUCUUCGAGGAACCGCUUGUCUCUGUCAAUUGGAUGACUGAAGAAUACGAACCGAUACUAUCCCGUGUGUUUUUUAUUGUGUAUUUUCACAUUGAAUGUUUGGUUGUUUUGGUGUGGCACCUCAUUUUACUAAAAAUAAAUCUGUAGUCGUUUUAUCGAGCACA